GUCUGUGUGUGUUUAUCGAUGUAUCUGCUAGCUGGCCGGGUUGGUGUGUGCAUGUUGGAUGCAUUUAUUUGGGUGAUACUCCCUCCCGGACGCAGAGAAAAGGGCAGAGGGCGAAAGACAAAGCCAACAGAGCUGGGACAUCACAGAAUGAGACAAGAGGCUUUGGGACGGACUACAUUUAAGGGCCAAAAAAGGGGGUGGGGGCGAGGGGUACACAGGAUUGUGUUUGAGUGUAUGUAGUGGGCAGUUGUUAACCUUCUUAUCAUGGUGUCACAUGCCCGUCGCUGGAGACAGAGCUGGACAAAAACACAAAUGCAGAGACCUCGACUAAGGAGACGCACUUUACUCUCUUUUCUUUUCCCCUCAUUUCCUGCUCCAUGCUUUCAGCAGCCUAUUAUCUUGUUCUCCUGCUAACGUCUAACUCUGUUUUUGUCAAACGUUCUUUUGUGUAGCUUGUCGGCUGCAUGUUUUUUUGACAACGCUCACUGCUGCCUGUCCUGUGCUUUCUGCUUUUAAUGUUUCUUCCUCUUACUUCCUGCCUCACUGCUGCUUUCUCCUACCAUCCAGACUAAGCCUUUUCUUUAACGUGCUGCUAAUCCACUUGUCUUCUCACCUUCUAACCUUUAUUUUCUCCUUGCCUCCUAUCUUUUGGAUGGAUAGCUACUCCAUUCUCUACAGUUCCUCCCAAAGAACCGGACUUCUCUCCGGCUUCCAGCGCCUCCGCUCUCAGAGAAAGAUGUGUGAUGUCGUCCUAGAGGCUGGCGGUGUAUCUUUCCCAUGUCAUCGUGCCCUUUUGGCCAGCUCCAGCGAGUAUUUUUGGGCUCUGUUUGGAGAGACUACCGCGGAGAGAUUAGCGGACUCCAUUACCCUUCCGGCGUUAACACCUGAGGGUUUAGAUGCCAUUUUGGACUUCCUGUAUUCUGGCUGGCUGAGUGUAUCACCGUCUACACUUCCUGUCGUCUUGGAGGCGGCCAGGUACUUGCAGGUGGAGCCGGCUGUGUCAAUAUGCGAGCGCUUUAUGACUGAUGGUUUAAGCGCUGAGAAUUGCUGCUGCUAUGCUAACUUGGCCGAGCAUCACACCCUCUCAGAUGCACUUGAUGCCGCCAAUCAAACCAUCGCUAUGGAGAUGGGGACAUUGCUACAGGAAAGCAGGGAUGACCUUCUCGGGCUAAAUAUCCAAUCACUGAUGGCGGUGCUCGAUGCUGACGAGAUACCUGGUGUGAAGGAGGUGGAUCUCAUAAAGGUGGCUCUGGAUUGGCUGAAUGAGAACGGGCCCCUCCCUCUGCUGAAAUCAAAUCUUCUGCUGAGUCGCCUGCGCUUCGGAUUGGUUGCCCCCUCUGACCUCACCAAUCAAAGCCACGCCCACAGAGCCAUGGCCACACCUCUAAUCAGAAGUCAGCUGACUCGAGCAUUAGAGUACCAUAGGCUAGGUCCAGCUCAGCCAAUCAGACAGAGCAAACAGUCAACGCUCAGGGUGUCGCCCAGUCGUGUGCUGCUUGUGGGUGGAGGAUCCAGCCCUGAUUGGCCAGAACAAAAAAUGCUGGCGUUUGAUCCCAGAAGCAGGAAGUUUUCAUCCCUGGGUUCCAGUCUCCCACUGCGACUGAAAAAUCACUGUGUGUGCUCGGUGGGAGGUUUCCUCUUCGUACUCGGAGGAGAAGAAGUGAAAGAGGGAGACGAGGAUGGGAAAAAGUCUGUCACCACGGCAACAUCCAACCAGGUGUGGCGCUACGAUCCUCGCUUCGACCACUGGGAGAAGGUGGAGUCCAUGCUGGAGAGGCGGGCGUGGUUCACCUGCUGCGUGGUGGAGGAUUUUAUUUAUGCCAUCGGGGGUCGACAAACACAACCAGACAGCGACACACACACCUCUGUAGCUUCUGUCGAGUUUUAUGACAUGGCUACGGGAGCAUGGAGGAGAGGAGCAGCGAUGCCUCGCCCCCUUUAUGGCCACGCUUCUGCUGUGCUUGACAACUGCAUCUACGUUUCAGGUGGUCUCCCAGUCAACCAGGGAAGCAUCCAUGGUAGUAACCAUGGCAAUAACCAAGAUGACCAUAGAGAGUGCAGCAGAGAAGUUCUAUUCUGGGACCUCAAAGGAAGAGUCUGGGAGAAGCGAGCGUCCAUGUCCAUCGCCAGGUUCAGUCACCGCCUGGCAACCGUCCACCGCCACAUCUACGCCUUACUGGGAAUGUACGAGCCUUUCUGCGAUAUCGAACAAUACGAUUCACAGUCAGACCACUGGACCCGCCUUCGACCGCUUCCCAUUGGCUCCUUCAACUAUGGAAUGGUGUCGACGCCGACCGGGAAUCUGCUGGUAUUUGGAGGGAGAAGAUGGAGCGACGGACAGGAGGUGAUAGUGAAGAGCGUGUUGGAGUAUGAUACAAAAAAAGAUGGCUGGAGAGAGAUCUGUCAGCUCCCCAGACCUCUCACUGGGGUUGAGUGCACACUGCUGCCCCUGCCAGACUAAAGUGCACAUCGUGUAAGAAGGUUUUUACACGAAAGUGUGAACAUGCCUCUCAUCAGUGCAACGCAGCCUCAACGCGCUGAGAAUGAAGCACACAUAUUGAAAUAAUGGUGCGAUAAUAUCAGAAAUUGUACCCUCAAUUUUAAUGUGUUUGUCAUAUAAACAACAGUUAGGUUUAGUGAACUGAAAAUAGUGGGUUUCAGACAUGAAAGAACAAAGAAGAGGAAGACUAUCCGUCACAGUAGACAGCUUUGCAGACUGUGUUGGGAAAUGAAACUGGGGGUGUCAGAGAUUACACCACCAUCCCAAACUCAACAUUUUAACUUUCAACCUUACUAACUGGCCUGGAUUUCAAGAUGUUUCUGGACCUCAUUAGAGGAGAACAAGAUGUGCAUUGUAUAGGAACAUAUUUCAAACAAGUUCAAUUUAAAACAAGUAGAACUUUACUUUUGUCUCGCUGAGAAUUAGAUGAGACACACAUACAUACACAUUACCUAUUAAAUGUAAAGCUAAUACCGGGAGCUUUGCUUAGCAUAAAGCACAUGACCUCCCAUAUGCCUUAAACUUGCAUUUUUUAACCUUUUGGUUUUUGGGUGGAUUACACUAAUCACAUAUGUGUUAGUUAGUGAGCUUUACAGGUGCUCAAUGCAGAUUUUUUUACCUCUAGACAGAGCUAAGCAAGAUGUUUUUCCCCUUACAGGCCUUUAUGCUAAGCUCAGCUACUCUAUUGCUUCGUAGUUCAACAUUUUAGUAAUAUACUAUUAUUUCUCUUUUGGCCUCAGCUACAACCAGGACACAGCUUAGUUUAAGAUAAAGCACAGUAACAGCAGUAAUAAGCUUUGAGCGCUAGAGCACCAUAAAUGACAAGCAACCACCAGUGAGAAGUGAUACAGGGCCUACAUGUUUUUUUAUGAAUGAUAUUCCUGUGACUGAAUGUGCCAAUGUUCUGCAAAAAGGAGUAAAACAAGAGCUAAGGAGAGAGAUAAAAGGGGAUUUUGAGAACAAGUACAGAGGAGAAGUAAAGAGAUUUAGUGGAAAGAAGGUAAUUCCUGCACAGAUGAGUUUUCAAGAGGAGGUUGAGCCAGAUAGCAGAGGAGGCUAUCACACAUAAAAGGGAAUAGAGAAGAGGUCAAAACAGGAGAUAAGGUGAUGGAGGUGGAGGAGGACAGCUUUGAAAUAAAAACAACAGAAAAGCUAAGCUGAAUAGUAGAUAAGUUGUAGAUAAAAGUUCCAUGCAUGUGACAUUCCUAUUUAUUGACUAGAGAUAAAUAAUAUAUUCUAUAAAGUAGAUAUAUAGGCAAACAAAGAACAUUGAGUGACCUUUUUCGUGUUUUCCUGUUUCACCCAUUUCCAUCUGCACUGACAGCCCAAAUGGACAAAGUAAAGCUGCAGAGUAGAAAAAGCAUUAGCAGGAAAUCAUAUGCACGAUUUGUGGGUAAAAGCUAGGUAACCUGCUGGUUCAUUAUUCAUGAACUUUUAUGCUUGUAUCUUCCAUUUAAUCCUGAAUGCAUACUGCGCUGUCUGCAUUACAUUAUUUAUUUAACACGUUUUAUUAUGUCUGAAGGAAAUGUUGUAUUCGAAAUUAAUUGCGUGUCUCAUCAUACUUGGCAGUGAUUACUGUCAAUGAAAACAGCACUCAACUCGGGUACUAACUUCAAUAGUUAUACAUACAGGCACCUUGAAAUAUGUUAUAUACAAAUCAUGGUGUGUAGACUUUUCACUUGCCUUACUGUCCAAACAUUGUUGGAAUUUAAUGCAGAUUUUUAGCAGUAUUGUACAAUUUAACAUUCCAAGUGGUCAUCAUCAUGAAAUAAUAUAUAUGUAUUAUGAAUUCUCAUUGAUCAUGAACCACUGGAAAAAUUUAAAUUAAGAACCAAUAAAACUGAAUUGCAGAAGUGA